AGUUCGUCUCUCAACUGUCGCUCCGUGUUCAACUCGUAGACAGUGGUGGACAAUCAAAUAACCGCGAGACUCGAAAUCAUACCUCCAACUCUCUCUCUCUCUCUCUCUCUCUCAGCUACACCUCUCUCCCUGCCUCUCUCUCUCUCUCUCUCUCUGUAUUCUCUCUUUCAACUAAACCUCUCUCUCUCUCUCAACUACACCUCUCUCUCCCUCUCUCUCUGUAUUCUCUCUUUUCAACUACACUUCUCUCUCCCUCUCCCAUUUCUCAACAACACCCCUCAUUUCUCUCAAUUUGAUCAUCAAGAUUCAAACUUUUGCAUUUCCCAAUUGCUAGUGGUCAAAAGAUUCAAUCUUGUGUUGUUUUCGAGAUUCCUUAAUCCGAAAAGAUUUGAUUUACACAACAGGGUGAUGAAUGGUUGGGUUUGUUUUGUAAUGUAGUAUGGCACUGCCUUUCUUGAUUAUACAACACGAUGUCACUUUACAUUGGCCGAGAGGCUUCUAAGCUAUGGAAGAGAAUUUGUGCAGAAACAACUACAGAAAUCAACCUUUUGUUAGAAAAUUGGAAGUAUCUUCUUGGUGGUCUCAUUGGUCAGUACAUACAUGGAGUGGCUGCUCGAGGAGUUCACUUCAUCCAUCGACCAGGACCCUUGCUUCAAGAUGCUGGCUUUUUCCUUCUGCCGGAGCUUGGCCAAGAAAGAGGGUACGUCAGUGAGACUGUGUUCAUCUUCAUCUUUUUGUCCUUUUUCUUGUGGACUUUCCAUCCGUUUAUUUUCAAGAGCAAGAAGAUCUACACAGUUCUUUUAUGGUGCAGGGUCCUGGCCUUCUUAGUUGUUAGUCAAACACUUCGAAUCUUAACAUUCUACUCUACUCAGCUUCCCGGGCCAAAUUACCACUGCCGUGAGGGGUCCAGAUUUGCAACGCUACCACAACCAGACAGUAUUUUGAAAUAUUUCAUAAUUAUUCCUAGUGGUGUGCUACAUGGUUGUGGUGAUUUGAUUUUUUCAUCUCAUAUGAUCUUCACUCUAGUUUUUGUGCGAACAUAUCAUAAGUAUGGCACAAGAAGGUUCGUAAAGCAGUGUGCUUGGUUAACAGCUGUAGUUCAGAGCCUCUUGAUAAUUGCAUCCCGAAAGCAUUAUACAGUUGACGUGGUUGUGGCAUGGUAUACAGUCAACUUGGUAGUGUACUUUAUUGAUUCUAAAUUACCCGAACUGCCUGAUCGUGGUGCAGCUGCACUGCUUCCAGUGAGCAAGGAGAGCCGAACAAAAGAAGAGAAUCAUAAACUUCUGAAUGGCAAUGCUGGAGACCCCACAGAUAGGAGGUUGAGAUCCCAAGUUAAUGGCAAGGUUGUGGAAGACAGCAACACACUGCUUUCGGAAACAGUGCUGAAUAGUGUAUAAAUGGCGGAAGCUGCUAUUAUAACAACUAUUUUCUUUUUAUAGCUUUGAUUCCGAAGGAGUCGAAGACUGCAGACCAGAUUACUAGUUCUAGGAGUAUGCAGUAUAGGUUUGCUAUUAGGAUAUGAGUUUUUCGUUUCCAGAAUCUCUGGCUCAUCACUAUGUGCAUUUACAUGUAACAUGGAUCAUUCACUUGUUUCGAUCUGCUUCAUUGAUAAUCAUUCACUUGUUUCGAUC